AUGUCUCGCCUCACUUUAAUUCUUCAGCUAUGCGUUUUCCUAAUUCCUUCAACGGCUGUGGCUGAAGAUGUAUCCCAUUCGACUCCAACAGAGCAGGAAACCUCCAUGACACCUAGUGAUGAUUGUCGUAUUUUGAAAUUCAACCCAGAAUUGAAAGACUUUUCCCUGCAAGGUUUCGUUAUCAAGAGCGUCGAGGUACAAAGAGAAAGUGUAUGUAAAGUGAGAUGCUUUCAGGAACACAACUGUUUGUCUCUCAACAUUGGUCCCUCGGAGGAAAAUGGAGCUUAUCUGUGUGAACUGAGUGAUUCUGAUCAUGAGAUGCAUCCUGAGGCGCUCAAGCCAAUAGAUGGCUUCAACUAUCACUCAACUGAGAACGCUUGUGCGAAGAAUCCCUGUCCUCUACAUCACUCCUGUCAAAAUGGCUUUACGUAUAAAGGUUACCGGUGUGAAGCACUUGCCAAUUCAGCCCCAAACGAGCUGGAAACGUCCACAACACCUGCUGAGUUUUCUAGCUCAGCUUUAACUCCACCAACAAUCUCCACGAGGCCAAGUAGUAAUACUACUAAGUCAAUCUUGGCCCUGCCGACAGUAUCAAGUGCUGCUUUAACGUCUGCCGUUAUCAAUGAUACUGACGAGUGCGCCAAUAACAGUCAAGUUUGUGGUGUGAGGGCGAGAUGCAUAAACACUAAGACCUCCUAUGGUUGUACCUGCAAGGAGGGACUUCAUGUAACUGGAGGGUUUUGUUCAGGUGCUGAAUGUCGCACCAUUAUUUUCAAAACACCAAUACACGACAAAGUCAUGAAGGGGAAGCUGUAA